GGCAAAAUGAACAACACUAUCUGGCCGGCCGUUGGGCUCCUUGUUGGAGCGUUUCUUCUUCAUCGCUGUAUUCUCAUCAUCUAUCGGGUCUUUUUCCAUCCCCUAUCCCACUUCCCAGGUCCGACUGUCUAUGCAGCUUCAUACCUGCCCUAUCUAUACAAGAAUAAGAUUGCCGGAAAUCUAGUCAAGCAUAUGGUCAAGAUCCAUGAAAAGUACGGCCCAAUCGUUCGUAUCUCCCCCACCCAGCUGGCCAUCGAUGGUUCCAUCGGAUGGACCGAGGUCUUCACCCGUCGUUCCACCAUGGGCCCUGAAUUCGGAAAGACAGCGACAUUCUACGGCCCCAGGAAUGGAAUCGGAAUCUUGCCUGCUGGUCAGGAGGAUCAUCAGCGCCAGCGCCGGUUAAUGGCGUAUGCCUUUUCUGCAGCUGCAUUGAGCGAACAAGAGUCGUACCUCCAGCACUAUGCGGAUCUAUUGAUGAAACGGCUGAGAGAGCGGAUGCUAGCUGGAGAGCCGGUCGAUAUGACCCGGUGGUACAAUUACCUGACUUUCGAUAUUAUCGGCGAGCUUGCCUUUGCGGAUCCGUUCUACUGCCUCGAAAAAUCCGAUUAUCAUCCCUUGGUGGCUAUGAUAUUCAGCGGAAUUCGGGGAAAUGCCCGCAUGUCGUUCUUCGACCAGUAUCCCCUCCUUCGUCCGUGGGUUGACCUGUUCAUGACGACCAAGGAAGACAUGGAAAAGCGACGGCAGUAUUACAUGUUGGCGCGGUCUAAGACAGAAAAACGGAUUGCCCUGGAGGCUGAGGCUGACACCCGCAAGGACUUUAUGACUUACAUUCUCAGCCACAAUAAGGAUGGAUCCGGCAUGACCCAUGAAGAGAUCAUUGCCAAUGCACGCACACUGAUUGGUGCUGGCAGCCAUACCACGGCUUCCGCAUUGACGGGUCUAACGUUUUACCUAACACAGUCGCCCGAGAUAUAUAGAAGGCUGACUGAGGAGAUCCGGUCCACUUUCUCAUCUGAAGAGGAAAUCAACAUGAAGUCCACCGUGGCACUGCCUUUCCUCAACUCUUGUCUCGAGGAAGUGCUACGCAUUUACCCACCAUUAGCAGAGACGCCUCCGAGGGUGUCGCCGGGUGCUGUUGUGAAUGGCCAAUAUAUUCCCAAGGGGACCUCUGUAUCUGUCUUCCAAUGGGCAACAAAUCACUCACUAAGCAACUUCACCGAUCCAGACCAGUUUACUCCCCAACGUUGGCUUCCAACAACAGAUCCCUUGUACGAUCACCGAUAUGCUUCAGACAACAAAGAGGCCUCGAAACCAUUUGCCGCCGGUCCUCGUGACUGUCUGGGGAGAUCCCUUGCCUAUGCUGAGAUGCGACUGGUGGUGGCUCGGCUGCUGUGGAAUUUUGAUAUCGAAUUGCUGGAUGGACAGCAGGAUUGGGUGGCAUGUCAAAGAGUAUAUAUGGUGUAUGAGAAGUCACCGCUGAUGAUUCGCCUGAAUCAGCGGACUGGGCUUGAGGGAUGAUCUUACUAUGCAUGUAUUACCGAAUUAUAUGCCCUAUGCAUUUUCUCCCCUGAUAGUGGCCUCGUAUCAUGACUGAAUGGC